CAGUAGAUCAAGAUGAGGACCUUCAGCGUUGUCGUGCUGGUGAUCCUACUGGGCGCGUCUCUGACCAGUGGCGCGACCGUGCGGCAGAAGGAUGUCCUAAGGACCUUCAUCAAAUCCAGGGCCCACACGCUCACAAGCGAGCCCAACACCUGGGCUGAUCCGAAUAGCAGCUUCAAGCACCUGCCCACGAAGUGCAAGAGCCCGCCACCCGGCACCAGGGAGGCCGACAAGAUCGCGGCGCUGCCCGGCCAGCCACCGCGCGUCAACUUCGACCAGUACUCCGGCUAUGUCACGGUGAGCGAGGAGCACGGACGCGCACUCUUCUACUACUUUGUCGAGUCCCCCUACGAAGCCGCCUCCAAGCCUCUCGUCCUCUGGCUCAACGGCGGGCCUGGUUGCUCUUCGCUGGGCGCCGGCGCAUUUCAAGAGCUUGGCCCGUUCCGUGUGAACCCCGAUGGCAAGACCCUGAGCAGAAACAGGCACGCCUGGAACAACGUGGCAAAUGUGCUCUUCCUAGAGUCGCCGGCGGGCGUGGGGUUCUCGUACUCAAACACGUCGUCAGAGAACAGCGAGAGCGGCGACACAAGGACGGCGGUGGACGCCUACAUCUUCCUGCUCAACUGGUUGGAGAGGUUCCCCGAGUAUAAGGGACGCGACUUCUUCAUCGCAGGCGAGAGCUACAGCGGCCAUUAUGUGCCCCAGCUCGCCACCGUCAUCACUGCCCUCUACGAACUCGGUGCCUCAAGCUUCAAUCUUAAGGGGAUCUUCGUCGGCAACCCGUACCUAGAUAACUACAAGAACCAAAGGGGAGUGUACGAGUUCCUGUGGAACCACGGUGUGAUCUCCGACGAGGUGUGGGGCAACAUUAUCGCGCACUGCACCUUCGGGCGGGUCGAGGGCAAAGCGUGCGGAGAAGCCAAGUCGUCGUUCAGAAUCGGUGACAUUGAUCGCUACAACAUCUACGCCCCGGUCUGCCUUGAGUCGUCAAACGGCAGCCUCCACUCCAGUAGCUACUUAGCAGGCUACGAUCCAUGCAUCGAUGCUUAUGUCGAUGCCUACUUCAACAAUCCCAAAGUUCAGAAGGCUAUACAUGUCCGAGCCAAGACAGAGUGGUCAGAAUGCGCUGGCAUACACUGGACCGAUGCGCCCGUUUCGAUGGUGCCAACCCUCGAUUGGCUUAUCGCGACCGGGCUAAGAGUCUGGAUCUACAGUGGUGAUAUGGAUGACGUGUGCCCCAUUACAGCGACGAGAUACUCUGUCAAGGAUCUCAAUCUAGCCAUCACAAAACCGUGGCGCCCAUGGUACACCCCACAGAGCGAGGUUGGAGGCUACGCUCAGCAAUACGAGGGAGGAUUCACAUUCGCUUCAGUUCGCGGUGCUGGCCAUCUGGUCCCUAGCUUCCAGCCUCAAAGAUCGCUUGUUCUUUUCUACUCAUUCCUAAAAGGUGUUCUGCCACCGGCCUUCCCAAAAGAGAUCAGUGCAUAAGCAUAUAUUGCUAAUGCUGGUCAUGUGUGGUUCUAUGUUUCCUGCCAGCU